GGGCCAAACGCACCGCCGCCGCUUCACAACACGUUGUCACGUUGCCGCCGGUUCACUGUCACACGCGUAUCCGCCUCCGCCACAAAAAUAAUAACGACUUGACAACACAAUAACAUGUAAUAUUAUCACACCGUAGUACGCGAACACGUGGGCGCUCGUCGACCACCCAUCCCAGAGACUCGCACGCGUUUCCCGAGUUCCUGUUUACCGUUUCGAUACGUCUAUUCGACGACCGAAGGACAUCAGAUUGACAUUUCCACAAACCGGGAAUUGAUUGUUCUCAAAGGGGAACUCGUCGCACGAGAAUGGCGUUUGAAACGAACGAAUCAGGCGAGGGCUGCAGUGAAAACAAACGUUGAAAUAAAUUGUCGUGGAGAACUAUUUCAAUCAAAAAUGUUUAACAGAAAUUUGAUUAUUGUUGCUUUGAUUUUUCUGUAUGGCGAUCUAGACGUAAACUGUCAAAUGCACGAACCAGACGAAAUAAUGCCUGAAUUUUAUGCGCCACUGGAAAAUUGGACGGUGACCCAAGGCCGAGACAUAUACUUUACGUGCACGGUGAACAAUUUGGGAAAGUACAAGGUGGCUUGGAUAAAAUCGGAUUCCAAAGCAAUUUUAGCUAUCCACACGAACUUGAUUGCUCACAAUCAUAGGCUGAGUGUCACUCACAAUGGACAUAAUACUUGGAAAUUGCACGUGAUCAAUGUUCAAAAAAACGAUACUGGAAGUUACAUGUGCCAAAUAAAUACGCAACCGAUGAUACUACAGACCGGAUACUUGGACGUGCGGAUCCCACCGGACAUAUUGGACGAGGCAGACAUCGAGGGCCCGGGUAGCGCGGCCAUGGAAGGUGGUACCAUACGGUUGCGGUGCCGGUCCACUGGUAAACCGGAACCAAAAGUUCACUGGAAGCGCAAGGACAACCGUCACAUCGUCAUCCGGUCAGACGGGGCUAGGGAAAAACAAGAGUCGGCCAUCGUGAAGGGGGACACGCUGGAGCUUAGCAACGUGCACCGGACCGACAUGGGCAAGUACCUGUGCAUAGCCAAGAACAACGUGCCACCAACGGUCAGCAAGGAAUUCAACGUUCAGAUACACUUUCAUCCGAUGAUCAAGGUGACCAAUCAACUGGUGGCCGCUCCGACCGGAAGCAACGUGCACAUUCAGUGUUAUGUUGAAACCUCGCCGAAAGCAAUGCACAGCUGGGCAAAAAUAGACGGAGGUGAUCUCAUGCCCAACACCAAGUACAAAAUGUCGGAGACUCCCAUAAACGAAUAUUCAUUACAAAUGGACCUAACCAUAACGAACCUUGAACCUAAGGACUUUGGUGGCUAUCUGUGUAUAGCAAAAAACGCUUUAGGUAAAGCGGAAGGAUCCAUAAGACUUCAAGAAUUGCAUUUGCCCAGCGCCCCAACCACUUCGGAAGCACCACCACCGGAACCAGAAGAAGAUGGUGACCGAGAGUCAGCUGGUGCAGACGAGGAAAACUUGGUGCCUGUGGAGGGCGAACCGACAUCUGACGGUGACAACCUAUCGUCGGAAGAUCAACAACAACGGGAGCAACAGAAGCAUCCAUCAGAGUCCACAAAAAAACCUCCACAGACUGCUCAUGGAGGUGGAAGUGGAGGUGGAAAUGGGGGUAGUGGAGGUGGCGGCGUCCGACAUCAUGACAACAAACAGAGGCAUGGCUCCGGCAAGGGUUCCGGUUCUGGAUGUCCGGUCCAUCGGUUGCUAGUGCUGGCCAGCGUCGUUGUAGUCACAUUGUUCCGGUCACCGGCUAUAUUUCGGUGGUGACGACUCCAAUAAUGAGGAUACUGUUGUAUGACGCGUAUCCGGUUAGUGUCCUUGACACUCAAACUACUCCUGAUAUAAGACAAUAAUCGAUUAAUUAUUUUAAACAAUAUUUUUUUAUUUUUCAUCCACGGACCGUUUUAAACUCGAGACGUUUUCCAAAAUAAAAACCCCUCCUUUAUAAUACAUUAUAAAUACACACAUUUACCCACACACUUACUUAAGUCUAGUAUACAAUGAACAUGCAGUCGACAAGCACCAUUGAUGCAGCUUAAAUAUUUAUUAUAAUAUUAAAUUAAAUAUCGUUAUCAAGCCGGAUUAAGUGGUAGUCUGGAGCGUCGUGUGGCCCACGAACGUAAAGAGCUAAUUUUGUCAUCGGCCUAAAGUUAUAUAAAAUGGUUAUUUAUACUUUUCUAAUUUCUUAGUACAAAAAAUAAUAAUAUAAUUUUAUUAAAUUUGAAUAAAAAUGUCUUUCAUUUGUGGGGCGCCUGUAUAUAUAUGGCGAUAUUUACAUAUUAUUGUAUAUAUAAUUAAUAAACAAUUUAUAUACACAUAUGUAUUUGUUAAUUGUUUGUGUAAAAUUGUAGUUUUUUGGCUUAAAUUCAAUGACCGUAAUAGUAGAUAAUUAUAAAGUUAUGUGAAGAAACUCCAAUUUUAAAAUCUUUGUUAGGGAUAGGACUCUAUUUUUAGAUAUAUUUUAAUCCAUUUAGGUUCACAGCCGACUGUCGGCCUCUGGGCAUUUAUAAGACUUAAUCCGAGCUUGAUCGUUAUUAUAUUUGUGUUGUAUAAUAUUGCAAUAUGUCGAACCUAUAGAAUACUCAGGACCAACUUGAUUCGUGCAUUAUGAGUUAUGACCAUCAUAAUAUUAUAUAUUUAUAUGGAUAGCUGAGAGAGCUGAACAUUUAAACAACUUAUACUGUAUACGUACAGCGGGAGCUUGCUCUUUUUAAGACGUUUAAAUAAUAUAUUUUAAAAUUCCAUAGGUACCAAUUACACGUUGUACCUAAGCCUAUUAGAUUAAUAUA